GGCGGGGCGACGGAGGCGGAAGCGGCCCAGGCACCGGAAGGAGGCGGGGAGCAGGAGGCGGAGGAGGAGGAAGGAAAACAGCCACUUUCGGAGGAGGAGGAGGCGACCGAGGGGACAAGACAAGAUGGCGGUGCUGGGGGCACCCCGGACCCGGGCCCCGCGGUUCCCGGGGCCUCCGCUCCUGCUGCUGCUGGCUGCGGCGCUGGGCCUGCCCCGGGCCGCCGGCGCCGCCUCGGCCGAGGCCUUCGACUCCGUGCUGGGCGACACGGCGUCCUGCCACCGAGCCUGCCAGCUGACCUACCCCCUGCACACCUACCCCAAGGGGCCUGCUGCCAGUUCGUACCCAAUGGAUCACACAGAGGAGGAGCUGUAUGCCUGCCAGAGAGGCUGCAGGCUUUUUUCAAUCUGUCAGUUUGUGGAUGAUGGGACUGACUUCAAUCGGACCAAACUGGAGUGUGAAUCUGCCUGCACAGAAGCGUACUCCCAGCCUGGAGAGCAAUACGCUUGUCAUCUGGGCUGCCAGAGCCAGCUGCCGUUCGCCGAGCUGAGACAAGAACAACUCAUGUCCCUGAUGCCCAAAAUGCAUCUGCUUUUCCCUUUGACGCUGGUGAGAUCAUUCUGGAGUGACAUGAUGGACUCAGCACAGAGCUUCAUAACCUCUUCAUGGACUUUCUAUCUCCAGGCCGAUGAUGGGAAAAUUGUCAUCUUCCAGUCUAAACCAGAAAUUCAAUAUCCUGCCCAGGUGGAUCGCGAUCAUUCUCCACAUGGGAAAAACACACCUUUAAAGAAGAUGGCCUCCAAUCCGCAGCCUGCAGGCUCCCCAGCCCACAGAGGCUAUUUUGAAGAUGGAGAAAGCGACAGCUUUUUAAAAUGCCUCUCUCUGAAUUCCGGCUGGAUCGUGACCAUCACCCUCGUGCUUUCGGUGCUGGUGUUGCUCUGGAUCUGCUGUGCCACUGUUGCCACGGCGAUGGAACAGUAUGUCCCACCUGAGAAGCUGAGUAUCUAUGGAGACUUGGAGUUCCUGAAUGGACAGAAGCUGCCCAAGUGCCCGCCUUCUUCCCUUGUGGCGCUCAGAUGCCAGGCUGAGGAGCGUGAAGAAGCUGGGCCUCUCCCUGCCAAAGUGAAUCUUGCUCAUUCAGAAAUCUAACAUUGUUUUUUUAAAGAACAAUUAAUUUAAUAGACACUCUAACUUUUCGUUCUUUUUGUGGCUUUUUUUUAUUGGUUUCUUUGGAUAUGGGGCUUAGGAAAUUAGCUAUGAAAUGCAAAUAAAGUUACCAAUCUGGGACAGUGGUGUUGUCUGUCACUUCACUGUCUGCUCUCCAGCAAUUGAAGAGAGAGACAUCUGGGAUCUCCUGUCUCACGAUCUGUAACUGCUUUUCAUUGAUGUUUGCAAUGUGCUUUUAUUUCCUCCUUGACUAAAUUCUGUAAGCAUGUUCCCCUGCCCCCGAACCUUCUCCCAUGAUCCUGGCAGUCACCUUUAAUAAUAGAAGGUAUGUGGUGGAAGAUAAUGUCAAUGCUCAGAAUUGGCUCCAUAAACAUGUGAUUGGAAACGAAAAGUCAGCAUGAGGAGCCUUUCCGAGGCCCUUCGUUUUCACUUGUAGUGAGCUGAUGUUAUUAAAGUUGUGUUUGUUUCACUCUA